AUGCCCAGCUCGGCGCCGCCCAGCCAGGCGCCUUCCAACUCGGCGCCCUUGCAGUGGCCCCCGUGCCCACUGCUGCAGCGGCCCGCCGUAGCCGCCUUGCCGCCCUGUCGUCGCCGCCUCACCAGCAGCUGCCAUCACCCUUGCUGCCGCUGUAGCGGCCCUCCCGCCCCGUCGUCCCUGUUCCUACAGCAGCGGCCGUCCUUGCAGCAACUGCCGUCGCCGUCCAUGCCGCCACUGCAGCUGCCGCCCCUACUGCUCCGUGAGUGGUACGCUGCGCGUCACCGGGGCGGAGGUGCUGGUCUCUGUGCCUACGUCCUGCGUAUCGGCGACCGCACUGGUGAGCCAUGCGGCGGCCCGCACGCCACCCAGCGCUGCUUUGGCCGCCUGACGGACGCCAGGCGUCUCCAAUUCCCUGACGCCACUGAGAUCUCUCGCUGGGGCGAGCUGCUUAGGUCGGGGGUUGCUAUCUUUGAUCUUGAUUAUGAUGCUAUUCUUGCUGCCAUGUAUGUUGUGUCUACUAGUGACGAGGGUGACUGUUACUUGUGUGUGCCGCCUGACCCGGGCAUUGAGGGUGCUGCUCUAGGUGCUACUGCGUCUGCUGCGCCAGAUGCUGGUGCGUCUGCUGCUCCAGGUGCUGGUGAGUUUGCUGCUCCAGGUGCUGGUGACUCUGCUCUCUCAGGUACCACGUCGGCUCAGGUUUUGCACACCUUCACUUUUGACUCGGGUGCUUCCCGCUCCUUCUUUCGAGACCGCACCACACUCACGCCGCUUAGUCGGCCAGUUGCAGUCUCCCUGGCAGACCCCUCUGGGGAACCUGUCCUUGCCAACCUUUCCACUGUCCUGCCGUGUCCGGCGGCCCCCUCUGGCAUCCUGUCAGGUCUUUACCUCCCCUCAUUCUAUACGAACUUGGUGAGUGGUGCUGACCUACAGGAUGUGGAGGUUGACCAGUUCACUCCUUCGAGUCAACGAGCGACCCACUGCACGUGUGCUCAGACGGGCCGACACUUUGGCAUGUUUACCCGUCAGCCGGGGUCGAGCCUGUGA